ACAUUGGUUGGAUUCCAAAGUAUUGCAUUUUUUUAUGUAAAUGUUGCAUUGACAUAUAAGCCAUUCAGAGCAAAAUCUCUUGAAGGUGAUGAAGGAAGAUUCCAUCUAACAUCAUUCAAUUUUUUUCCUUUAUUUUAUUUUUUUGAUCCAUCACAUUCUGGAAUUCCUAACAGGAGUGGGUGUAAAUACAUUUCAUAUGGGAACUGUUUUUUAUUCUAUUAAGGCUAUUGCAGUUGUUGGUCAUUAGCUUUUAGGUGUUAAGAAGAAGAAGAAAAGAUAUCAAAACUUCAAGUUCACAAGACAUAUUUGCCAUGCAGCUACAAGGAGAAGAAGAAGAAAGCUCUUUAUCUCAAUUAUCUGGGAUCCGCUACAUGAAUUCCUUUUACAUGAAUCUCUAUUUUCCACCAUAACUUUGGUUAAAUCAUAUAGAGACCUCAUUUUUUUUCUCAAUAACUCUAACGUUCAUUUUAGCUUCCUCUUGUCUCUGUUGGUCCUUCUACUCAAAUCACAUCUCUCAUUCUUAUAGGUGCAGUUAUUGGCUUUAUUAUGUAAAAUUAAACCAUCUUAAAUUGAACUCUCUUUUGUUUCUCUGUUAUUUCUACCUUCUCAAGACUGCUUCCAUUUUGUGAUAUAUUGUCUUGUAUUGGCCACUUAUCCAUGUCUUUUCAGCUAUGCUUGUUUCAUGGGCAUACUAUUUCUUGAUUGUGUAGCAUCCUAGCAUUCAAUGCUAAAGCAUGGCUGUCCUUACAGUCACCAUUGUUAUUAUUUUUUCUGGUCUUGUUUAAAAUUCAGUGAUUUUUAUACACUGUGGAAGCACUGGGACACUUCAAAUUUCAGCUUAGUUUUAUGGACAAUGCCAUCUUAAAUCUUUGAUUCCUUGUGGAUAAUCAUUUAAGAUAAAAUGAUCACCUUUGGGUAUUUGUGUCCAUAGAUUUUCCAUAUUCCUUCCAAUUGUGUGCUUUAUACGUACAUAGGUUUUGCUUCCUUGUGGUGCCUUUCUAUUUAAAGUCUAUUCCUCAUCAAUAAAAUUACUAUUCUUUCAUUUCUAUUCCCAGUUUUUACUUAGAUUACAUUCAACAAUUUCUUUCUUAAUUAUGUUUAUCCUAAAACCUUUAGACUUCAAAACAUAUCUCCAUACUUGUUAUUUGACAACACUAUUAUAUCCUAAAACCUCUCCUGUGUUCAUCCUUCUAAAGGCUUCUAAACUGAAGAUAUCUUUAUUCAUUAUGAACACCCUUUGCAUGCAUUUGAUUGGGGAAUUGGGAUGGGUUUUGGGCUUCUAGUCAUAGGAUUGGAAACUUUUGGAAUUUAGGAUGUUACGUUAGAAAUCUUUAAGGGAAUUUAAGUUAAAUUAACAUUGUAGGUUCCUGAAGGUAUGACAAGAAUUAUGGUUGCUGAAGGUGAUGCUGGUAAUGAUGAAGGUGAUGCGGGAUCUUUAAAUUUCCUGCACUCUAUAAGUUAUAUGUUUGUUGUAUAACAAUAUGAGAAAUCAAAGAAGAAGAAGAAAGAAAAAAAAAACGAUAUAUCAUUGGCAAUCAUACCAAGGUUCCUAGGUAAUCACACAUAGGUUUCCUAAGCAAGCACACUUAGGAGUAGGUAUGAUUAAAACUUCUGUGAAAAAUUUUGGAAAUCUAUGUAUAACAAUGUAAAGAUUUUCAUGACUCUUUUCCCUAAUAAGACAGCUUUCAUAAUUCUUAUCUUUCCUUGUAAGAAUAAAAAAAGAAAUAAGAAAAUAAUAUUUAUUAGAAAUGAAAAGAAAUAGAAACUUUCUUAAUAUAAUAAGAAGACUAAAAAAAUUAGGAAAUUGAAAAAAAAAAAAAAGGUUAAGCACUACCUAAAACAAAGAAAAAAAAAAGAAAACUACUAAAAAAAAAUCUUACUAUAAUAAAAAGACUCUAAAUAGGAUAAUGAAACCAAACUACCCUUGUCUUGCAACCCCCCGCCCCCUUCUUUGUGAAUAAACCCUAGAAGGCCCCCUUCUUUGUGAAUAAACCCUAGAAGUUCAUCCCUCAUCAGAAGGUGAAGGUAGGGUGGUAGUGGGAUGUUUCAAGUGACAUUUCAAAAGUUAAGCACUACCUAAAAAGAUUAUUGUAUAAGUAUGACCAAUCAAUUCUAACUGAUUACUAUUAAAUCCUUGCAGACGGAGAGUAACUCUUCCUAAUGAAACCAAACUACCCUUGUCUUUCAACCCCUACCCCCUUUUUUGAGAUCAAACCUUAGGAGUUCAUUCCUCACCAGAAGGGGGGAAGGUAGGGGUGGUAAUGGUGGGAUGUUUCAAGUGACAUUUCAAAAGUUAAGCACUACCUAAAACAAAAAUAUAACAAAAGUAAACUACUAAAAAUCAAUCUUACUGUAAUAAAAAGAGUCUAAAUAGGAUAAUGAAACCAAACUACCCUUGCCCCCACCCUUUCUUUGUGAAUAAACCCUAGGAGUUCAUGCCUCAUAAGAAGGUCAAUGUAGGAGAGGGUAACAGUGGGAUGUUUCAAGUGACCUUGAUGACUGAAGCAGUGGAACACCAUUGAAGUUUGUAAGUGGAUGGUGAUAGCAGAUGUUGGUGAUGAUGGACCAACACCUUGGUGGAGGUGGUGCCAAGUGACAGCAUUCAUGACAUGGUGCCAGGAGGUAUGGUUUAUGGGUGAACACUCUCAUAUUUCAGCCGAGAUUGACAAUGUAGUUUCUGUCAUUUUGGAAAAUUACCUCAAUGUUAACAAGCCAGGUGCCCAGAAUCGAUGGGUGCAAGAAGUACUUAAAGUUGAGGGUCAUGUUUCUCCUUCACCAGAGGUCACAAUGAGGGUCCUGUCUUGGAAUACGAUUGUCAAUGAGAAAGGCGAAGUAAAUGUGUCAACGGAAGAUGCCAAAAAUCCCUGCUUUUGGUCCAGGGUUUGCCUUCAUAACAUGGCCUUGCUGGCCAAGGAAUCUACAACCAAAAGGCGGAUUCUGGAGUCCUUGUUCCUUUACUUUGAUAAUGGAAAUUUAUGGUCUCCUGAAAAUGGGCUAGCUUUUCCAGUCCUUAAGGAUAUGCAGUUUUUGGGGGAGAAUUCUGGGCAAAAUACACACUUUUUGCUUUCCUUAUUAGUUAAACAUCUUGAUCACAAAAAUGUCCUUAAAAAACCCAGCAUGCAGCUUGAUAUUGUUGAGGUCACCACCUCUCUUGCUCGACAUGCAAAGGUUGAGUCUUCUGUAGCAAUAAUUGGUGCUGUUAGUGAUGUUAUGCGGCAUUUGAGGAAAAGCAUACACUGUUCAAUUGACGAUGAAAAUCUGGGAGCUGACAUAAUUAAAUGGAACAGGAAAUUUCAAGAAACUGUGGAUGAGUGCCUUGUGCAGUUGUCGUACAAGGUUGGAGAGGCAGGUCCAAUUCUUGAUGCUAUGGCUGCAAUGAUGGAGAACAUCUCAACUAUUACUGUCAUAGCCAGAACUACAAUUGCUGCUGUUUAUCGUACUGCCCAAAUCAUAGCAUCUAUACCAAAUUUGUGUUACCCAAACAAGGCAUUCCCUGAGGCUUUGUUUCAUCAGUUACUCCCAGCCAUGGUCCAUCCAGACCAUGAAACACGAGUUGGAGCUCACCGCAUCUUUUCUGUUGUCCUGGUGCCGUUUUCAGUUUGCCCUCGUCCCUGUCCAAUCACCCCUGAGUUGAAAAAGGCCUCAGAUCUUCCAAGGAUGCUUUCAAGAACUGUCUCUGUGUUUUCUUCCUCAGCUGCCCUUUUUGAGAAGCUGAGGAAGGAAAAAUCUUUCUCAAAGGAAAAUAUCUGUCAAGAGAACAAAGAGGAUGAACUGAAGAACAACAAUGCUGGAAUUCUGAAUAGAAUGAAGUCAUCAUUGAGCCGAGCAUAUAGUUUGAAAAGUUCAGCCAUGUCUUUAACAACUGAUGCAAAUUUUACGAGCAAUUCAAACAAUGAAUUGGAGGCAGUUUCGCUGAAGCUGAGCAGCCGGCAGAUUGCGCUUCUUCUUUCAUCAAUUUGGGCACAGUCCAUUUCCCCUGCAAAUAUGCCUGAGAACUAUGAAGCAAUUGCUCAUACAUAUAGCCUGGUAUUACUGUUCUCUCGAGCUAAGAACUCUAUCCAUGAAGUUCUAGUUCGAAGUUUUCAGCUAGCAUUUUCCUUGCGAAGCAUUUCUCUUGUGGAUGGAGGGCCUUUGCCACCAGCACGUCGCAGAUCCCUCUUUACCUUGGCGAUAUCUAUGAUUGUCUUUUCAUCAAAGGCCUACGAUAUUCUUCCUCUUGUUCCUUGUGCUAAGGCAGCACUUUUGGACAGAAUGGUUGAUCCAUUUUUGCACUUGGUUCAAGAUAAUAAAUUGCAGGCUGUUAACUCUGGAUCUGACUGUGCUUCAAAAGUUUAUGGAUCUAAAGAAGAUGAUGAAUGUGCUCUAAAAGCUCUUUCACAAAUAAAAAUAGCUGAGGAACAAACUAGGGAAUCAUUUGCUACCAUAAUUGUGAAGAGUCUGGAAAACCUGUCAGAGUCUGAGUCAUCCAUACUAAGGGAGCAGUUAGUGCAUGAAUUUUUACCUGAUGAUGUAUAUUUAUGGGGAACCCAAAUGUUGCUGGAUGCUACACGACUUGAUUUCAAAUCUAAUGAAUCUCCUGAGGAGGCUGCUGCAAUUUCUGCAACAGAUGAUGAUGCCUUUCUAGAUUUGUAUGACAGUCAAACCAAACAUGAUUUGCAGUUGUCUGUGCAAAACCCCAAUCUUUUGGGCAUCAAUCAACUUCUAGAAUCAGUCUUGGAGAAAGCACAUGAAGUUGGACGAUUCUCUGUCUCAACUGCACCUGAUGUGUCUUACAAGGAAAUGUCCGGUCACUGUGAAGCACUUCUGAUGGGAAAGCAGCAGAAGAUGUCUAAUCUGAUCAGCACCCAACAAAAACAAGUAAGUUUGAUGAACUUCUCUUCUCAAAAUCAUGAUGAUGAGGCUAAGAAGAUGAUCACUCAUUGCUAUGAUGUAAGAAAUCCUUUCAGUGAUCAGAACUUUGCAGCCAAUUUGCACAAGCCACCCAUUGACCCUGCUCCAAUACACUGUGCCACUGAGUACCUGCACCACCCCCACUUCUUCAAGCUACCAGCAUCAAGUCCAUACGAUAACUUUCUCAAAGCUGCUGGCUGCUGAUCCAGCAGAAGUAUGAAAACCACACAUCUCCUUGAGCUCAAGUAUUUCAGUUGAUACCAGGCUCUAAAAUUUCACGGCCACUGUUUCCCAUAACCUGCAUACCCCCUGCUUGGGGCUUUGCAGGAGCGGCAUUCCAGUUUUGUGAUUGAGAUUGUUCUGUGUUGUUCAUUCAGGAACAACAAUCAUCAUUGUGGCUGAGAUCGGUUGAAUUGAUUACUUCUUCAUAUUCAAUUCUUUUCUUCUUUCAUUUUUCUUCUUCACCCUGUAGUAUUGAUUGAUUCCCGGCUUCAUGGGGGUGAGGAUUUCCAGCUUUGCUUCCUCUAAGAAGACCGGAUUUGAUUUGUAAUAGAAAUAUUUGUUUUCACUGAAUUUUACUUAUAUUCCAUCACUGUGAUGAAGGUGCUUGUAUACUACAGGCUUGUCACGUUUUCAUAUUCUUUUGAAUUAAUAUACCAGACCCAUUUAAUAA